AUGUCCAACGACGAGGAACUCAUCGAUUACUCCGACGAGGAGAUCGCUCCCAAUGAUACCGCCCCCGCCAACGGCAAGCCAGCUGACGCCGCCGCUGCUGGCAACAAUGUCGACAAGAAGGGCUCAUACGUCGGCAUCCACUCCACUGGAUUCCGUGAUUUCCUCUUGAAGCCUGAGAUUCUCCGCGCUAUCACCGACUGCGGUUUCGAGCAUCCGUCGGAGGUUCAGCAAACCUGUAUUCCCCAGGCCCUUCUUGGUGGUGACAUUAUCUGUCAGGCCAAGUCCGGUCUCGGAAAGACUGCUGUCUUCGUCCUGACCACUCUGCAACAGGUUGAGCCCGUUGACGGUGAGACCUCCGUCCUGGUUAUGUGCCACACUCGUGAGUUGGCUUUCCAGAUUCGCAACGAGUACAACCGUUUCAGCAAGUACAUGCCUGCCAUCAGGACCGGCGUCUUCUACGGCGGUACGCCCAUCGCCAAGGACGCUGAGAUUCUCAAGGACAAGGAGAAGCACCCUCACAUCAUUGUCGGCACUCCAGGUCGAUUGCAAGCCCUCAUCAGGGACAAGUACCUGCGCCUUGGAAGUGUUCGUAUCUUUGUGCUCGACGAGUGCGACAAGAUGCUUGACCAGAUCGACAUGCGACGUGAUGUCCAGGAGAUCUUCCGCGCCACCCCUCAGCAAAAGCAGGUUAUGAUGUUCAGUGCCACUCUCUCCGAGGAGGUCAAGCCCGUCUGCAAGAAAUUCAUGCAGAACCCUACGGAGCACUAUGUCGAUGAGGACACCAAGUUGACACUGCAUGGUCUUCAACAGUACUACAUCAAGCUUGACGAGAAGGAGAAGAACCGCAAGUUGAACGAACUCCUCGACGAGCUUCAAUUCAACCAGGUCAUUAUCUUUGUCAAGAGCACUCUUCGCGCAACCGAGUUGGACAAGCUGCUGCGCGAGUGCAACUUCCCCUCCAUUGCGGUGCACUCAGGUGUGAGCCAGGAGGAGCGUAUCAAGCGCUAUAAGGAGUUCAAGGAGUUCAACAAGCGCAUCUGUGUUGCUACUGACGUCUUCGGUCGUGGUAUCGACAUUGAGCGCAUCAACCUUGCCAUCAACUACGAUCUGUCUGCCGAUGCCGACUCUUAUCUCCACCGUGUCGGUCGUGCUGGUCGUUUCGGUACCAAGGGUCUUGCCAUCUCGUUUGUGAGCAGCGAGCAGGACUCAGAGGUCCUCAAGGCAAUCGAGAAGCGAUUCGAGGUCGCUCUUCCUGAAUUCCCCAAGGAGGGUAUUGACGCUAGCACAUACAUGGCGUCCUAG